AUGGCAAUACGAUCCCAAACCCGCCCGCAUCGCCCGCUUCCUUCCCUCUCCCUCUUCCCCUCUUUCUCCUCGUCGCCGGAAGUUCCCAGCAUUUCCGGCGACGGCGAAGGCGAAGGCACCGCCGACGACACUCUUGUUUCCGCCGCCGUCUCCAUCCUCCGUUCCCACCGCAGCCGCUCCCGCUGGAACUUCCUCAAAUCCAUCCUCCCUUCAUCCGGCAUCUCCCCCUCCGAAUCCUCCUCCAUCAUCCUCCAGCUCCGCAAUAACCCCCACCUCGCCCUCCGCUUCUUCCUCUGGACCCGCGAUUGCUCCCUCUGCAACCAUACCCUCUCCUCCUAUUCCACCAUCAUCCACAUCCUCGCCCGCUCCCGCCUCCGAUCCGCCGCGCUCUCUCUACUCCGCUCCGUCAUCCGCUCCAAUCCCAACACUCCCGCUUCCUCCCUCCUCCAAACCCUAGCCCUCACCUAUCGCCCCUGCGACUCCGCUCCCUUCGUCUUCGACCUCCUCAUCCAAGCAUAUCUCCAUUCCCACAACCUUGACCCCGCUCUCUCCGUCCUCCGCUCCCUCCGCUCACGCAGCAUCCACCCCCUCACCUCCACCGCUAACUCCCUCCUCCGAGCCGCCGCGAAGCUUCGCGGAUCCACCGCCACCCUCAGUCUCUACCGCGAGCUCGUCGAAACAUUUCGCCCUAAUUCGCAAACAUUCAACACGCUUCUCCUCUCGCUUUACCGCGACGGGAGGACGGAAUUGAACGGAGAGAUUCUAAGGGAGAUGGAUCGAUUCGAAUGCCGUCCUAACGCGUUCACCUAUAGCAUUCAAAUGGCGGGGUGCUCCGACGUAGCCGAAGCGCGGAGGUUAUGGGAAGAAAUGGCGGAGAAAGGGAUCAAACAUGACACUACUGCGUACAAUACUCUGAUAAAAGAUUACUGCGAGGCCGGUGAGGUCGAGAAGGGGGAGGAACUUUACCGUGAGAUGGUGAUGGAAGGAUUGGAAGCCACCGGGACGACGUCGGAGCUUCUAAUCAAAGGCCAUUGUCGAGCCGGCAAUGUCGAAGCAGCGAUGCUGGUGUACGAGGAGAUGAAGAGGAAGGGACUUGGGCCGGAGGCGGAGGUUGUGGAUGAGAUGCUCGAUGAAAUGUGUGAGAAGGGAAUGGUUGAUGAAGGGCUUAGGGUUUUGAGAGGUGAGAUUGGGAGGAAGGAUGGGGUUGUGAUGGGGAGUAGGAGGAGGAGCUAUAAGGCGGUAAUAAAGGGGUUUUGUGAAGCUGGAAGGAUGAAGGAGGCGAUGAAGCUGCAGGCGGAGAUGGCGGGGAAAUGGAUGGAAGCUGAUGCGGGGGUUUAUGAAGCGUUUGUUCGUGGGUAUGAGAAGGCGGGGCAGUUUGAAAUGGCUGAGAAGUUGAGAAAAGAAAUGGGCCAACUGCAGCUGGGGGAAGAAGACUGUUGA